GUAACUUUGUCCUGGGUAACGCCCAGGUACAGUCCCUCUACCCCAUCGUCUACUGUUCUGACGGCUUCUGUGAGCUGACCGGCUACGCCCGCGCCGAACUGAUGCAGAAGAGCUGCGCAUGUCAUUUCCUGUAUGGGCCGGAGACCAGCGACCAGCUGACGGCGAAGAUCCAGGGGGCAUUGGACGACAGGGGGGAAUUUAAGAGUGAGCUGGUGUUCUACAAGAAGGGAGGUACCCAGUUCUGGUGUCUGCUGGACAUCGUGCCCAUUAAGAAUGAGAAGGGAGAGGUGGUGCUGUUUCUGGUGUCCCACAAGGACAUCACUGACAACAAGAAGGACCAGGACCCAGAGCAAGGCCCAGAGACUGAUGAGGAAACGGGUCUGGAAGUGCACAAGGUCACCCGUCCCCCAGGCUUCAACACCAACCGCAGACGCAGCCGGGCGGUGCUCUACCACCUGUCUGGACACCUGCAGAAACAGGACAAGAGCAAGAUCAAACUCAACAACAACAUGUUUGGGGACAAGCCACCCAUCCCAGAGUACAAGGUGGCAGCCAUUCAGAAGUCCCGAUUCAUCUUGCUCCACUACGGGACCUUCAAGGCAGGCUGGGAUUGGCUAAUCCUGCUGGCUACCUUCUAUGUGGCAGUCACGGUGCCCUAUAAUGUGUGUUUCACUGUGGUGGGGGGGCGGGAUGAAGGGAGCUCUGCCCCCCGCAGCCCCCCCAGUGUGAGUGACAUCCUAGUGGAGAUCCUCUUCAUGCUAGAUAUUGCAUUGAACUUUCGGACGACCUUUGUGAGCACGUCGGGCCAGGUGGUGUACGAUGCCCGUUCCAUAUGUGUGCACUACGUCACCACCUGGCUGUUUGUUGACCUCAUCGCUGCCUUGCCCUUUGACCUGCUCUAUGCCUUUAACGUCAGCGUGUACUUUGGGGUCCACCUGCUGAAGACAGUGCGGUUGCUGCGCCUGCUGAGGCUGCUACAGAAGCUGGAGCGUUACUCCCAGUACAGUGCUGUAGUCCUCACCCUGCUCAUGUCCAUGUUCGCCCUGCUGGCCCACUGGAUGGCCUGCGUCUGGUACUUCAUCGGACGCAGAGAGAUCGAAAACAGCCCCAACUCCUGGGACAUCGGUUGGCUCCACGAGUUGGGAAAGCGUCUGGGCACCCCUUACUUCCUUAGCCAAUGGAACGUGUCCGGGUUGGAGCUAGCAGGGCAGGACUCGUGGAACUCCAGCCAGUGGAACGGUGGAGGGAUUCUGGGUGGGGGUCCAUCAGUGAGGAGCUCCUACGUGACGUCUCUGUACUUCGCUCUGAGCAGUCUGACCAGCGUGGGCUUCGGAAACGUCUCAGCCAACACCGACUCUGAGAAGAUCUUCUCCAUCUGCACCAUGCUCAUAGGAGCCCUGAUGCAUGCGGUGGUGUUUGGUAACGUGACUGCCAUCAUUCAGAGGAUGUACUCUCGGCGAUCCCUCUACCACACCCGUACCAAGGACCUGAAGGACUUCAUCAGGGUCCACCGCCUGCCCAAAGCCCUGGAGCAACGUAUGCUGGAGUGCUUCCAGACAACCUGGUCUGUUAACAAUGGCAUCGACGUCAGCGAGUUGUUGAAGGACUUCCCAGACGAGUUGAGGGCGGACAUCGCCAUGCACCUGAAUAAGGAGCUGCUUCAGCUGCCUCUGUUUGAGUCGGCCAGUAGGGGGUGUCUGCGCUCCCUGUCCCUCAUCAUCAAGACGUCGUUUUGCGCCCCGGGAGAGUUCCUCAUCCGCCAGGGAGACGCCCUGCAGGCCAUCUACUUUGUCUGCUCCGGGUCCAUGGAGGUGCUGAAGGACAACACUGUGCUGGCUAUACUAGGGAAAGGGGACUUGAUCGGCAGUGAUUCUCUGACCAAGGAGCAGGUGAUUAAGACCAAUGCCAACGUGAAGGCCCUGACCUACUGUGACCUGCAGUACAUCAGUCUGAAGGGGCUGAGGGAGGUGCUGAGGCUCUACCCAGAGUAUGCUCAGAAGUUCAUCUCCGAGAUACAACACGACCUCACAUACAAUCUCAGAGAGGGCCACGGAGCUGACGUUGACUGGGAGAGUAACGGAGGCCUGGUGAAGAAGCUUUCUUCCAUUAAGGAGGAUGAGGAGGGUGAUGAAGAACAGAGCUCUGUAUCGUGUGCCCCCCGUUCCCCUUUACGUCUCACCAGGGUUCUUAACUCGCCCCUGCGCUCCCCCCUGCUGCCCCCUCGGCCCUUCCGCCCCCCCUCAGAACACACCCGCCCCGCCACCCUGCAGAUACCUGUGGUCAGCUUCAGCAGCGCACCGCCAGAGCUUAGUCCCAGGUUUGUGGAUGGUAUUGAGACAGAGAGAAAUGUGAACUCAACCCAAAAGUUUGAGUUUAGCUCCAGUCUUCUACACAGUGGUCCACCAUCCCCAGGACUAGGGAUCCAGGAGCAGUCAGAAAUCAAACAGAGUGUCUCUAAGCUGAGUGACGAGAUGAGCAGUCUCUCCCAGCAAGUCUCUCAGCUCAGCCAGGAACUGCAGGAAAUGACCCGCCUGCUCCGGCCCCUCCUCCUCGUGGCGCCUCAGCCAAUCCUGACAGCCAUGACGCCCAUCCUGACUCCACCCCCCAGCAGUGCCAGCCAACCGUCCUCCAGGACACCUCUGGUGGUCCCACCUCCAGCCCCGCCCUGCUCCCCACAACCCCACCCCCGGCGAACGCAGUCCUGCUCACUAUUGGACGUGGACAGUGCUGACACAGGGAGGGUGGACCUGCCAGGUUGCCUCCUCCCCACCCCCCCUCCACAGAGGCCUCCGGCCCAGGCCCAUUCUCCAAUCUCCCCAGGGAGAUGCUCCAAGGACUUACUCCGCUCCAACCCCCCUUCCCCUGGGACAGGAGACACAGAGGGGUCCACCCACCUCUCCAACGGUUCUAACCACUCCAACCUCCCGGUCUCUAGCAACGGGUUCUUCCCUGUCCAGGACCGUCCUCCCCUUGCCUCCCGCACCCCGUCCCCCUCCCUUUCCUUCUCACUGUCUCUCUCCUCCUCGCCGUCCUGCUCUCCCUGCCAGGGACCCCACCAUUCUCGACCAGGCAGUCACAGUAGCCACAGCAGGGGCCUGUUCCCCCCGCCUCCCUCUCAGGAGACCCCACCCCCGCCUUCCUCCCAUUGCUCUGCUCCCCCGUCACUCAUCUCCUCGCCUGGAGACCAUAGGCUGAGGGUGCUCAGCCCCACCUUUUCCUCCUCCACUAACCUCAUCCCUCCCACGUCCUGUCUUAACCCCUCGCCCUUCUUCCCGGGGCCGUUCUCCCUGGACUCUCUGAGGGGGGAGACGCAGGGGGGCACCAGGCUGGAGGCAGGACACCUGGAGCUUGAGAUGCAGGAGUGGGGAGGGGAGAGGGGGGAGGGAUGCUCCCAAAUGAUGGAACACAUCAGCUACAUCGACGAGGAAGGGCCAGCUCUGUGACAGAGAGGCAGAUUACAUGCAAGAAGAAACAGUAGAAGAGAGAAUGACAAGGAGAAGAGAGGAGAAAAUGUAGCUGGUCCAGAGAGCAACGUUGAACCUGUGAUAUGCACACAGACAGACAUAUAGACAAAUGAAUAGACAAACAGUGAGAUGGUCAGGUGGAAACCAAUGGCAUCACUGAAAAAGAUCCCACCAGGACAGUAGCAUGACACCUAAUCUAACGGUAGUCUAAAUCAGGCGAUCUGGCCAUGUUCUGGUCAUGUUAAAGCAACAAAUCCUUCGGUAUCUGUGGACGUCAUGAUGUCAUAAGUGAAAUGUGCAUCCUUUUCCCUCCCCUCUGCUGACUCCAUAGAGAGCAUGUUGCCCUUGCCAGAUUUUUCCCAACCUACCACCCCUUCAUGACAUGACAUAGGACUGGAAAUGUACACUCAUAUUCAGUCUCUGUCAUGUAGAUUCAGUAUCAUACUAACAUAUAUUGCUUGGAUAUCAUCAUAGCUGAUGUGGAGUUAAUUUACUUAAUAUUCCUUCAGAGUUUCUCUUUAGAUACAUUGGGACCUGUUUCUCUGCUACUUGUUAUAUGGAGGGUUAGUUUUGGAUGGCCCCAUUAGACUAUCUCCACAAACUACAUACACACUUGCACUGUGGUCUUAUAUAUAAUGACACCCUCAGUGUCGAUCCAGCAUUCAUAGUAAAGCCUCUACACAGCUUAGUUUCUCUCCCUCUAACAAUAUAAAAAUACUACAAGAGAAUCAGGGAGCUCACAAGACACAUGUAUCCCACCAAAACAUGAAGACAACACUACUGUAGAGUAGAUGUUAAAGGGCAACUCCACCACUUUUCAACCUCAUGUUCAUUAUCUCCAGCAACAUACCAGUCAACAUAUGUGUAAAAGUUUUGUAGAAAAAAAAUCUUUAGUUAAAAAGUUCUACCCGAUGACUAGCCUGAUUGAUGACUCACACUAAAUUAUUCUGCUGCUCUGUCGUUCGCUACAUACUUUAGUCUGAGACUGCCAUCAUUGAAGUCAUCUGUGGUGACGAGGGGCAUUGUACAACACAAAGUCCCUUUAAUACUCUGAUUGGUUCGCCUCUAACCAAUCAGAGUAUUAAAGCCGCUUUUCCCAAGCGUGUUCUGGCACUGGCCCAAGCCAUCAGUGUCUUGACCAAUCAGACGGCCCUGAAUUUGUUCGCAAUCGGUGAAGGGUCAGGGAAGUACUCAGAGCCAGACUCAAUGCGGAGAAGAAACUAACGUCUGUGGGCGUGGAGUAUAGUCGGAGCAAGGAGCCAACCCGAUGACAUCGUCAAAAGUAAAAACAUUUUAAAAACUUUUAUUUUCAAACACUAUGAAAUUUGCGGUGAUAUGGGAAGCAAGAAAAUACCCUCCCUUGGGCUAGAAAUUCAUUGCAGGUUUUGAAAAUCAGUUUUUUACUUUUAAUCCUACCCUGUGAUGUCACAGAGAAGCAUCUUUUUAACCACAGAAAUGUGCUGUUUUCACAUACACUACCGUUCUAAAGUUUGGGGUCACUUAGAAAUGUCCUUGUUUUUGAAAGAAAAUCACAUUUUUUGUCCA